UCACUCUAAAGCUCUAUAACAGACUGACCUCCACCAUCAGACUCACUGCUGCAUGCAGUACUUCUCAUCAGCACAGCACGCAGCCAUCAGGGACCAGAGUCUUCAGCCUAAGCGUGAAUCACUUACAAGAGAAAUGAAGACAGCUCUGCAACACACUGACAGACCAUCGGAUGUUGGAAAGAUCAUGGAGUCCCUACAGGACAACAACACCCAACUAAAUAUCGCCAUCACAGGAGAAUCUGGUUCUGGUAAAUCCACCUUUGUUAAUGCCGUCAGAGAGCUGAGCGAUGGUGACGAGGGAGCUGCUCCUACUGGUGUUACAGAAACAACCUCAGAGGUCAAACCGUACCCCCAUCCAAACUAUCCCAAUGUUACUUUUUGGGAUCUUCCUGGAAUCGGCACCACCAGUUUCCCUAAGAAGUACCUGAAGCUUGUUGGAUUUAAGAAGUUUGAAUUCUUCAUCAUCAUCUCAGACACUCGCUUCAGAGAAAAUGACGUGAAACUCGCUCAGGAGAUUCAUAAGAUGAAGAAAAAGUUUUUACUUUGUUUGCUCAAAGAUUGA